AUGUCGAGCAAGAGCAGCAACGUCUCCAUCAGCCAGGAAGACCCCACCGAAGGCAGCGCGGCCGUGGCGCCGUCGGAGGAAGGCGACGGCGAAGAGGCCGGUGUCGUCGACGAGUACCUGCGCCAAGUGCUGAGCCUGGAUCCCGAUGCGAUGGAGCAGCUGUCCGCCCUCGACCAGGAGGGAACCCGAGCGCCCGCCAACAGCGCCACCAGCGUCGGGGCAGGGACGCCCGACACUCGUGCAGGUUCGGUCGAAGCGCUGCGUUCCAGCCUCGAUUCCAACACCGCGUGGGCCAAGGACCGGUCACAGCAGGCGAUGGCGGAAGUGGACCGCAAGGCCACCGACGGCAGCUUUUCGGAGGCGGCAACCAACGAGUGACGGCGCUUCAUUCCUGGCGUUGUGCUACGAUCGAUGACCCCAGUUAGAAACACAUCGGCCGCUGACAUAGAAGCCUACCACAGCCGUCUCACUCGCUCGCCUAUUAACACGAAGUUGUGCGUUUGUCUCGCUUUGACCUUGAAAGCAUGGCUUCUGUUUCAUCUUUCAGUGUUGAGAUCCGUACCAGUGCGAACGUGGCGUUAGCUUUUCUCAUAACUUUCUGCUCGACACCUUCUCCAAGUCAACUUUCGCUAGUCAACGUUGGGGACUAUAUUCCACGCUGCAACGCCAAAAUCUUGCACGCGUUCAUGGCGUCUACAG